AUGGCCAUACCAACUAGCUGCUGCUUCAAUCUCUCUCCUCCACCUCCUAAUUCAAACAUUCCCUCCCUCCCUUUGAAGUCUGCUCAUGUGGCAUGGCCAAGAAAUGGAAGAUCUCGGACAAGUCAAUGUGUAUUAGGGGUAGCAUGCAUGAUAAUUGGUUUGGAAAUGGGUAAUUUAGUAGGUAUUGAAGAGCGUGCCAUUGCCGGAGACAUGAAUGUAGUGUUAGAAUCACAAGACAAGGUUCAACGAUGGAGUGACAAAAGAACUUGUGUACCAUGGCGAGUCAAUUCAUUGGAGACCAUCGUGCCAGAGAACCUUCCGCGGCCAUCGGCCCGCCGGAGAUGGGAGGCAGUUGGUUCUUCUAAGGUAGCACCCACAGUUGAAGCUACAACUACAGCUAGUACAAAGUGUUUUACUAUGUAAAC